GUACAAGUGGUGGGGAGUGUGCCGUAGUACCUAUGCGGCCAUUCAUCCUUCCAUAAGUUUAAACUAAAUUUGCGUCGGAUGUGCCACAGGUUCUGGGGAGUGAUCUAUUUAGGGUUGUGAAAGAAAACUUUGGUGGGAGUUGCGAUAAACUUGUGGAAGAGAAGGUUCUACCGGUGUCCGGCGAUGUUUCCUUUGAGGAUUUGGGGAUUCAAAACUCGAAGUUGAAAGAUGAAAUAUUGAGGGAGGUUGAUAUCAUAGUCAACUCUGCUGCCACAACCACAUUUGACGAGAGAUAUGAUGUUGCAAUGAGGAUUAACACACUGGGAGCUAUGAAUGUCCUCAACUUUGCGAAGAAUUGUUUGAAAGUAAACACUCUUGUCCAUGUUUCCACUGCAUAUGUUUGUGGUGAGGGGAGUGGAAUUGUACUCGAAAAGCCAUUGGUUCUAGGUGAGUCACUGAAUGGAAGUCGUGAUUUGGACAUAGAUGAAGAGAAACGCAUAAUAGCAGAGAAGUAAAUGCAACUUCACUCCCACAAUGCAACAGAAAAAGAGGUGAAAUCUGCUAUGAAAGACUUGGGCAUUCAAAGGGCAAAGCUGCAUGGAUGGCCGAACACAUACUCUUUCACAAAGGCCAUGGGGGAAAUGUUGGUAUUGGCCUUUGCAGACAAUCUAUGCGCUAUUAUCUUACGUCCAACAAUAAUAACUAGCACCUAUAAAGAACCGUUUCCUGGCUGGAUUGAGGGUGCUAGAACCAUGGAUAUCUUUGUACUAAUGUAUGGCAAAGGAAAAUCAAAUUUCAUGAUUGGCGAUCCAGACUCUAUACUUGAUGUGAUUCCUGUUGAUAUGGUGGUGAACUCAAUGCUGGCAGCGGUGGUGCACCAUGAUCAUAAUCGGCGAGAGCGGUCAUCGCCGUCGUCUUUUAUUUAUCACAUUGGCUCCUCCGAUAGUAAUGUAUGCAGACCUUUGAAACUUUGCGAUGUUAUAAGUAUGAUGUAUCGUUACUUCACCAACAACCCAUGGACUUCAAUGAGAGGAGAGGUUGUCAAAGUUCGCGAAUAUGUAUUGCUGCCCAGCAUCACAAGCUUACGCCGAUACAUCACAAUUCAUUAUCUUCCCCUAUUGCAGGUAUUAAAGCUGAUGAACAUGCUUCUCUACCAUUAUUUCGAUGACAAGUGCGCUGCAGUUGAAAAGAACAUCAGCAUGGUCAUCCGAUUUGCUGAAAUUUACAGACCGUAUGUGUUCUUCUACGGGAUGCGCGUAUUUUAUUCCCCAUCUCAUUAUCAUCCUUUCAUGUUUACUUUAUAAAUUUUUCCUAAUAUAUUACUUAUAAGGAUGUUUUUACUUGGACGAUUUUCAGUCCCAGACCAGACUAGAGGUCUAGAUCAAGUUAGACCAGACCAGACCAGAUCAAGUCAGACCACACUAGUCCAGACUUGGAUGGUUAUAAAAUACACAGAGACCAGACAUUUAUCAGACCAAACAAGACUAGUUCAGACAAGACCAGACCAAAAAUAUUCAGUCCAAGUAAAAACGUCCUAUUAUUUAUAUAAUGUGUAUUCACUGUCAGCCACAACAAUUGUAGAUUAUACAUAUUGGGUACGGCUAUUAUCACAUUUUGUUUUAUAUCUUUUGAUGGUACAAUGGACUUGAUUCAUAGCCCAAAUCCUGG